UAGGAACUAUUGAGACACAUCAAAAACUGGUUGACUUCUCUGCUGACUUCUACAGACCUUGUGACAAUGUCUAGCGUUCCUGGAAAGACUGAUUGGAGUGAGACGAAGGACGCCAAUGAGAACACUCAGGAUCUUUGUAAUCUGAUGAAGGGCGACGUGGAGAAAAUGACAGGCAAGAAAUAUACGCAAUUCAAAGCAGUGAAAUACCGGACUGGGCCUGGGCCAAGAGGAGAAAUCACCCUCAUCAAGGUUAAUGUUGGAGAGGACUACGAUCAUCUGAGUAUCUUUCAAGGAAUGCCAUUUCUCACUGAUGUUCCGCCACCAAAACUGCGCGGCGUCUUGCAGCACAGAUCCUUGGAUGACUCCCUCGUGCCUUUCACAAACUGAUGCAACCUGUUUCAGCAGUUAAAUAUUUACAGGCUGCAGUUUCAUAUUAAAAUACGCUGCCUGUUUAUUCUGAAAUGAUUGGACAUUGAAUCUGAAUAUAUCAACACAUAGAAAUACAUGUAUUUGGGUUGUGGGAUGCAGCAUGUAAAAUGCAGUACUUUCUGAAACAAUAAUAAAGACUAAAGUUUUAAACAAAGUCUCU